GGGAUCGGGGGACGAGUCCACGGUUCGACGCUCUCGAACUUCCCUUUGCUCCAACGCCUGCCAACCUGUGGAGAAGGGAGUUGACCGACUGAGCGGACAAGAAGCCACGGCGCUUAAGUCGCAUGAUCUUCCAUCGUCAAACUUUUUCUGUUUUUUCCGAGUCCAGCGCUAAGCGUCAAGGGUAAAACCUCAACAAGCGUGAAGAUGUCAAAGAUCUGUGCUUUGGUGUUCAUCACAAGUAUCUCCCUGGUGUUUGCUGAAGAACAGAAGUCUGAAGAUGACCCAUUUACCUUUGACUACCACAGACUGCGUGUUGGGGGUCUGAUUCUUGCAGCUGUCCUUUGUCUCAUUGGCAUUACCAUCCUGUUCAGUGGCCACUGCAGGUGCAAGUUCAAGCAGGACAAAAGGAGGAGGGCAGGAAGCAACACUCAGGCAAUGCUCACUGACCAAGGUCGUGCCUGUGAUUGCUAGAAGUUGACAAGAAAGUUCCCGAAGUCAGAUAUUGCAGAAGCGGCAACGUUUGAGGCCCAAGUACCUCUACUUGGAGAUUUUCAUUGUUUAGGAAACCAACAGAAUAUUGUAAGGUGUGGGCUUCUUGUGACUCAUUUUUGACUGACAACUGCUCUUUCAUGCACUCACCAACACACACUUGCAUUUGAAAACUCUUGUACACACAUACUUCAUAAUGCUUUCAUAUCAUUCAAUUGAACUUUUUUACAUUGUCAUAAUUAUCCAUGAGUUUGCAUUCAAAGUUUGAAUUGAUUAAAGUGAAAGUGACCUGUUACACAAACCAAGUACCAAAACAGUUCCAUAUAUACGUUGUGCCACUGUAUCCCAGUACUCUGUAUUGUGUGCGCGUAAAUAAAAUGUAAAGCUAGACAGUUACUUACUGCAGGCAGCCUAACGCAUGUUACAUGUAUCCAUUUCAAAUACAUCAAAUACACAUAGUAAUAAUCAUCCAUGAGUUACGAUAUGUUAAGUGUUGUGUUAAUAAUUAAUGAUAAUCUUUUAAUGUUCCUAUUUAGCUUCUUUGAGCAAUGCGGUGGAUGUCACCAUUCAGAAACAGUCUCUGCCAUCUUUCAAUUAAAGAAUUGCUGAAAUGAUAA